GGAAGGAGAUGCUGUAGCAAUGAAUAAGUACUUUUUAAAAAUGCAAGCCGACAAUUCAAAUUUCUUUUACAUGAUGGAUUUUACUGAAGAUGGUCGAUUAAAGAAUGUAUUUUGGGCAGACGCAAGAAGUAGGGAAGCAUUUAAAGAGUUUGGUGAUGUGGUUACAUUUGACACGACGUACUUGGUUAACAAAUACAGCAUGCCAUUUGCUCCUUUUGUUGGGGUAAACCAUCAUGGACAAUCAAUAUUGCUAGGAUGUGGAUUGAUUUCAGGUGAGGAUACAGAUACAUUUAGAUGGCUAUUUGAGUCUUGGCUUACAUGUAUGUCUGGAGUUCCUCCUAGUGCAAUAAUUACAGAUCAAGACAAGGCCAUGAAAAAAGCAAUACAUAUUGUUUUUCCAAAAGCACGACACCGAUGGUGCUUGUGGCAUAUCUUGAAAAAGAUGCCUGAAAAAUUUAAAGGAUAUAGAGAAUAUAAAUCAAUCAAAUUUUGUUUGAAAAAUGUUGUUUAUGAUUCCUUAACAAAAGAGGAAUUUGAAGAAAGGUGGGGUAGGUUCAUUUAUCAUCUUAAAAGCCAUGAAUGGUUACUUGAGUUGUAUAAUGAAAGGUAUUAUUGGGUGCCUGCCUUUGUGAAGGAUACAUUCUGGGCAGGAAUGUCAACCGCACAGCGGAGUGAAAGCAUAAAUGCAUUCUUUGAUGGGUAUGUACAUCAUCAAACAACCUUGAAAGAAUUUGUAGAACAAUAUGAUAAGGCUUUGGCAAAAAAUGUGGUAAACUAAAAUACUGAAGAUUUCAAUUCAUUUCAAUCAUCCAUACCAUGUUUUACUCAUUAUGCUAUGGAGAAACAAUUUCAAAGCGUUUACACAACAGCAAAAUACAAAGAGUUUCGAAAGGAGUUGCUAGGGAAGGUUUGUUGUAAUUUUUCUUCAUGUAAGGAAGAUGGUGUCAUUUCAGAAUAUGAAAUACGUGAAGAUGGAGCAUUUGGAGAAAAUUCCCAGCAUGCAACCUUCCUUGUUUAUUUUAACAAGGAUACCAAUGAAGUAAAUUGUAAUUGCCGGUUUUUUGAAUUUAGGGGAAUAUUGUGUAGGCAUCAAAUUACGGUGCUCUUUCACAUGAAGAUUGAUCAAGUACCAAACAAGUACAU